AUGGCACCGACCCACAAGCCCAUGGCCCUUCCUCCGAACUUCACCUCAGAAAAGUUCCAAGAAUUUAUCCUCCGCGCUCAAGACAUCUGCGGCGCCGAAAAUGUCCGCGUCGUCCCGAAUGAUAAACCGCUUGAAGGCGACUCGUACCUCAACCAGCCGAAGUCGCACGACCACUUUCCGCUUUACGAGAAGACGAAAUUCGUAGCCUCAGCUGUCAUCACGCCGCGUCAUGUACCCGAUGUCCAGGCCCUGGUUAGCCUUUGCAACGAGACGGUCAUGCCCGUUUGGCCCAUCUCCCUCGGGCGCAACUUCGGAUACGGCGGAGCCUCUCCGCGCGUUCCGGGCUCGGUGGUGAUGGACCUCGGACACCAUAUGAACCGAAUCCUCGAAGUCAACGUCGAGGGUGCGUACGCUCUUCUCGAGCCCGGCGUAAGCUUCCGUGAUCUCCACGAGUACCUCGAGAAGCACAACCUGAGGGAGCACCUGUGGCUUUCCGUCCCGGUCGGGCAGGGCUCGGUGCUCGGCAAUGCUGUUGAGCGAGGAGUUGGAGCUACGCCAUACGGCGAUCAUUGGGGUAUGCAUUGUGGUAUGGAGGUGGUACUUCCGAACGGAAAGUUGGUGCGCACCGGGAUGGGCGGCGUGCCGAACCCCAACGCCGACCCGAACGUGAGGCCCGACGAGCAGCCCGCCAAUGAGACUUGGCAGCUCUUCAACACCGGCUACGGUCCGUACAACGACGGCCUAUUUUCACAGAGCAAUCUUGGUAUCGUGACCAAAAUCGGAAUGUGGCUGAUGCCAAAUCCUGGAGGCUAUCAGCCGUACGAGAUCACCUUUGAGAACGACUCCGACUUGCCCAAGGUAGUCGACAUCAUUCGUCCGCUGCGUCUGCAGAUGGUCUUGCAGAAUGUGCCGUUUCUUCGUCACACACUUCUGAAUGCUGCACACAGCGGACCUAAGACCAAGUAUACCGACAAGGAGGGCCCGUUGUCCGAAGAUGAGAUCAAUGUCAUUGCGAAGCAGCUGGACAUGGGACGAUGGCAGCUGAUUGGUGCUGUGUACGGACCGAAGCCAGUCCGCGAUGUCUUGUUAAGAGUCAUCAAGCACGAGUUCCUCUCCAUACCGGGUUCGCGGUUCUUCCUCCCUGAAGACCGACCAAGAGAAAGCCCUCUCCGGGCCCGAGAGUUGCUGAUGCAGGGGAUUCCUACAGUGGAAGAGUUGAAAUGUCUUGAAUGGCUCCCCAACGGCGGUCAACUUCUGUGGGCUCCCAUCUCAAAGGUCUCCGGUGAGGACGCAAAGAAGCAGCACGACGUCGCCAAGAAUCUGAUCACGAAAUACGGCUUUGACUACCUCGGCGCCUUCGCCGUUGGAAUGCGAGAGCUUCAUCAUGUAAUUGGUAUUCCCUACCGUCUCGAUGUGCCCGACGACGUGACUCGUGUCCGCCAGCUGGCUCACGCGCUCAUAAAAGAGACGACAGCUCACGGAUGGGGCCAGUUCCGCGCUCACACGGCUCUUAUGGACCCCGUUGCUGAUGCCUUCAACUGGAACGACAACGCACAAAUGCAGCUCAAUGAGACCAUCAAGAACGCGCUCGACCCUAAUGGGAUCAUCGCACCGGGUAAGAACGGCGUAUGGCCCGCAAGUUACAAUAAGAAAGAUUGGGUGUUGGACGGGAAAUAA